AGUUGGCUGGUAGCUGUGUGCGGGAAAGGACCUACGGUCGUGCUCUUUGUGCGCGUGAAAACUUACCAACCCCCUCCAUCGCAACUGCUGAAGUACUGUCCAGUGAAUUUUUGUUCGAACGCAUGUAAAAGGGUUCCCACUGCAACCGUCAACAUUUUUCCAUUGCAAAUUGACAAUUUCUGCCCAUCGUUAAGUUUUUCUUUUUCGGUCAACUAUUCCAUCGACUGUGUGUAGUUGGUAAACUCGAGAUUAUAUAGCGAUGAUUAUCGGCAGGUGAAACGUUGCUUGGGAACUCCCUGCAAAGUGUUCAUUAUUCCAGGGGGGUUAGGGUGAUUGAAACUAUGACACACGUGAAGAACAUCCACGUCUGAUAUCAUUCCUGCCUGUGUGGAGACCUAAUAUUUACAAAAUCUUCUUGUAAACAGACCCCGUAGAAGUCGGCGCUAUAAACAUCAAAGCUGUGAACUGAAAUGUUAACAUUUGUGUUGGGAAACAAUGCUACUCUGGUGGAACUUGAUUCAGACCCCGCAUUAACCAGUAGGUUGCAAAGAUAAAAUGACAGUUUAAUCUACUUGAAAGCGCAUCACAGCACAUUACGCUAGAAACAGUAAAUCAAGAAAAUAGACGGCUAUCGAUAAUUCAUCCUAACGGAUAGCAAUAUUGUGAUUGUCAAACAUGAGAAGUGUAUCAAAAGCGUUUUUAUAAACUCUGUCCGUAAUGAUGGUUGCAAAUGAAGACUGCUGUAUGACAGGUGGGCUACUCAACGACGGGGAGGGGACUGGGGGAGGGGGACGCAGCAACAAUAUGUCGCGUCUGAACGGCCGUGUACAUCACUCUGGACCCCAGCACGGUACCUCCGCCCAAUACCAAGCCGUACCUACGCAGUACCACCACCAAGGCCCCCCUGUUCAGUACCAGGGCUCACAGCCUCACCCGGAGGAGUUCGAGCCUUCCUGCCUCGUUAGAACACCCUCGGGCAACGUUUAUAUUCCUUCGGAUAUGCCAAAGCCCUCAACCUUGGAGUACAAAUCAGGCCUCCACUCCCCAAGUCUCCACAGUCCAGUCAAGGGAGACCAGCAGAAGGUCAUGGAAGGGUACAAUGUUCAGUUUGGCGGUGGCCUUCCAGCACCAGUAUUACCCGUCCGUAACAACCUCCGCCGCCCAGGGCAUGGGAACAGGGGAGUGGGCACCGCAUCCAGCAGCGUCGGGAGGGGACAGGGAUCCCCGCGCUGCUCUUGGAAAUGCACUGCCAUCAUCUUCAUCACAAUCGCUGUCGUUCUCGCAGCUGUCCUGAUCUACAUUGCAGCAACAAGCAGCCUAGCUUGGUCUCAUGGAGGCUGCGCUGUGCUGGUCGAAGAUCCCGCGGUGAUUAGCGACGAGGCACAUCCUGGUCAGGCGAAAUCUCGAGGUAACCACCAAGGUCGGGGACGACACGACCAUAGCCCUCCUACACUUCAUGACGAUGGGUUCCUGUUUCUGUACAAUGCCAUACAGGAACAGCGGCCCUACCAAUACCUCCUUGAGCAACCCAUCGCCGAGUUGUCUCCCCGCCGCAUGCGUAGGAGUGUGCAGCAUGAUCUAGAUCCUCCCCGCAUGGAUACUGACCCUCCGUUGCAACACUUACCUCCUCCUCCUCCUCCUAACCAGCAGUUUAAUUCCCCAACUUACCCAGCUUCCCUUCCCCCAUCUAAUCCGGUAACUGUGUCCCCCCCUAGUACACUAUCAGCAAACACCAAAAGUAGUCAGUCCGAUGGAGCCAUCCCUCCUAAUGCGCUGCCACUUCAUGACGAGGAAACUUUUGAAUUCACUUCUAGUGAUACUCAGGAUAGAGUUGUAAGUACUCCUUCAGAACAUCCUCCUCUUUUACCCUCAGAGAGGGCUCAUGGUGACCCAGAAAUAGCGAGCCCCUCUGCGGAUACUCCCCCUGCUGCAUCACCAAAAAUAGUUAUCUUAGAUCAUAUUCCUUUAGACAAGGUUUCCUUUUUGCCAGACAAGAUUCCAGAUGGAGCUCCUGAACCCCAGGAUGAAUAUAGUGCUAAAGUCAUCCAGUCUAAUGUUCGUGAGGUUUACGCCCCUGUCAUAGAUGUUGUUGAAUACAGCGAGGGAGAGGAAUCGUUAGUCUCUGAUAGAGUUUCAAGCAUAAGCUUUACUGAUGACUAUGCCAAAGACACAGAUGUUGUAAGCCAGGUCGAUGAAUAUAGUGAUAUUGGCAAAAAUGGUGAUGAAGAGAGUGAACCUGUCACAGAGCCCGAUUAUAUGUAUGGCAACCAGCCUAAUGGAAGUCAUGCUGAUCUAGUUGAAUAUGAACAGGAAAAUAGCACGCAAGUACAGUUGUCAACAGAUAUACCAGAUAUAAUUAAUGGUGAAAGCAAUGUUACAUUGGAAGACCUGUCAAUGUAUUGGACUGAUUUUGACCCAGAUAUCAUGGUCGGAGAUGACCCAAGGGCUGCAUCAGGUAGUCAAAGAGACAAAGCAAAACGUCAGAGUAAACCUUUACGGUCUUGGAUGGGAGCGUUCCCUACAUUACCCCCAAGGCCCAAACCUGAUGUUAGUAAUUCAUCCAAGAUGUCAUCCUUUUCUUCCACAGUGAGUAGAAAAAUAGACACAGAUUCCAUUAUUUAUCCCCCCAGUGAGAUGACUUCCCCUUCACUGGGUACACAGAAAACAGGAAUGUUAAGGUUUUCUCUCACUCAAGAUGGCCAAAUUAACAAGCGAAAGAACAUUUCAAGUUCUAUCGAUGCAUGGUUUUCAAGGUAUGGUUAUGAAAACAGUAACUAUACAAGAGAUGAUGAAACGCCCCUAGUGACUGAAGUGUCUGUAGAAGAAGAGGAACAGUCUCUUAAUCAGAGUUCUGCAGAUACCUAUGAUCCAAAGUAUAUACUUGGUGAAAGUCUUUCUUUAGACCCAGAGCAGUACCCUUCAAGAAUCCUGAGAUCACUAGGGGUUCCAAAGUAUCGUGAUGUAGAGAGAUCACCAGAUUAUUAUGAUGCUGUGGGCGCUUCUCGUUCAAGACCACGAUUGGCAGUUGAAGUCUUUCCCCAUAUCUUUGAUUAUAACCUAGACGAUCAUGAUGAGUAUUACUAUAAUGAUGAUGAAGAUAAUCUUUACUAUUUUGAUGAUUAUUCUGACAAAAAUUCACAUGCAAGACCCAGUCAAGGGGGUGGCGAUGAUUUUGAAGAUGCUCAGGAUGAUGGAGAUGACUCAGAUGACGUAAUACUUAGUAAGAGUGAAGAUAUUGGUGAGACAGAAGCAGGUUUCCGUAGCCCAGAAGUCGUCACCGUGCAGCCAGUUAGGAGAUUGCAUGUGGUACCAACUAAUUUAGUCCAAAGCAUUACUCAUUAUCCGUCAGGUCUAAGAGCAAUGUCAUUGAUGAAAGAAGAUUUUCAGCUUGACAUCUCUGAGCCCCAGGUGAAAUUGCUACCAAAAGGGCAAGAGGAAGUCGUUGAGAUAGAAGUUGUACAAUUAGAUUCAAAAUCUUGGCCACACAGGUCAGUGGAAACUGGGCCACAUUAUUCCCCUGCUUCCCACCAUCAUGAUAGAGAAAUAACACCCACUGUUAAGAAACACAUUGAAACCACAACAACAGAGGCAACAACCCCAGCUUCCACACCAGUACCACAUCAUGUUACACCUUCAAAGCCACCUGGAGUUCCAUCAGCUCAGUUAUACACAGCUAAGUUCUUGCCUACUAGGUCACCACCUUUAGAGCCUAGGCCUGUAAGAGUUUCAGAUUUUGAUAGUAGCUCUGCACAGCAACGUGCAUUUGAGCAUAGUAGUUUCCUAAGUAUACCAAAGUUCCUCAUGCAAAAAACAGAUUCAACACCUCCAUACCAAAGGUCACACGUAAGUGACCAUUAUGCUGGUACCACAGUGACUGAUAGAGAGCCAAGAGUGCAUGCAUUAAAUACCUAUGCUUCCACUGUUGGUGAAGAGAUUCACGGUUCAUCAACAGCCGAAUCCCGAAAUUUACGAAGUGUCCAUCAGAGCGACAGGCAUCAUGUAACAUAUCAUGAACCAGUUUCAUCUCUGACCUACAGCUCACAUUCUACUGAACCUUGGAGUGAAGACAGAGAACACUAUGAAGAAAAGCUAAAGGAAAGAGAGGAAUUAAGCCAAAACAAUCCGUCAUUGGCAUCUAGUUAUAACCCAGAAGAAAUGGAAAGAAUUGAGAAAGAAAUGGGAACUGUUGUUGAGGCUAGUUCUGUCUCUCAUCGUCAGAACCCCUUCCUACCCAGCACCCAAAGGCAGGUGCAGUCUGUUGCCAGAAAAUCCAAGUCAGUGACUGUGAAUGUCACUAUUUCCACAGAUGACGAUGCCCAAUCUAACCCUGGGUCUGAAGGAAAGAGCAAACCUUUAUAUAUCCUGUCCGUAUCAAUUCCAACUAAUGGAAAAGAUCAGGAUGCUGAUAUCAAUAUAGUUAAACCUGAUGAUCAGCAACACAUUGCUAGAUUGUCUCUAACAGUUCUUGGCAAUCAGACCUACAGUGAUACCUUCAAUUCACACAAAGAUCCUUCAACAGAUUCUGCAGGUCCCACAGCCAGUCGACUAGUUUCCCAAAGUCCAGCCUCAUCAUCAACUGGGCAAUGCAAUUGCCCUUGCCCUUGUCAGACAAGCAGUGCUCCAUCAAAUACUCAUAGUAUUCCAAUUCCUCAAUCUUUUCUGCCUGAGACCAGACCUGGCAAUCGAAUUUCAGAUUACUCAAGUUAUGCCUCGCCUCCAGUUGCAGCAGCUGACACGGAUUCUGAUAAGCCCAGUACAGAUAGUUCCCCUAAAAAUUGCAAAGUAGACCCUGAUCCACCCUCCACCACCCCACCCCCAACCGUCCCACCCCUUUCGCCUGAGGUUGAAAGAGAGUUAGAAGAACACAAGCUCAGGCCUCAAAAGACGAUCCCUCCGGAUGGGACAACCUUCAAGAUGAUGGAACUCGGAGAGCGCCUUCGUCAGGAGAUUCCGCCCUACGGUUACUGGAAUAUGCAGUUCUACCAGACGGAGUCGGCCUACGUCAAGUUCGACGUGUCCAUACCGAGGGGCUCCUCCAUCGGCAUCUACGGAAGAAGGAACGCCCUCCCGACUCACACGUCCUACGACUUCCUGCAAGUACUCAAUGGGUAUAAGACCAGCUCCGGAAGGACGACCAGGUCGUCAAAGGCCCCAUCUCAGCCGCAGACGCUGACGAAGUACCUGGAGCAGGGCCACUGGUUCCUGAGUCUAUACAACGACGACGGCGAUCCCCAGGAGGUGUCACUGACAGGCGACGUCUCCACCGAGUACACCGAAGGCUGCCCCAAGGGAUGCUCUGGAAACGGCGACUGUAUAUUGGGAUCUUGUCAGUGUCAUCCUGGAUUCGCGGGGCCCGACUGCACUCAGAUGAUGUGUCCCGUGCUCUGUUCCGGUAAUGGCGAAUACCGGGACGGCGAGUGCACUUGUAGACCAGGCUGGAAGGGCCGAGAAUGCAGCAUUCGCCAUGACGAGUGCGAGGUCCCCGACUGCAAUGGGCACGGUCACUGUGUUGAUGGGCGAUGCCACUGCGCCAAAGGCUACAAAGGAGAGUUCUGCGAAGAAACUGACUGCCCACACCCGACGUGCUCGGGGCAUGGGUGGUGCGUGGGAGGUCACUGUGUUUGCAAGAAAGGCUGGAGGGGUCCAGAUUGUGGCAGCACCGACGAAUUGGCUCUUCACUGCUUGCCCGACUGCUCAGGUCACGGCCAGUUUGACCUGGAGAGCCACGAGUGCGUCUGUGAACCCGAGUGGACGGGAUCCGAGUGUGAUGUCGCCGUCUGCGGACUGGACUGUGGUACCCACGGGCGUUGUGAAGAUGGGUCCUGCCUCUGCUUCCCCGGUUGGACGGGUGAACGGUGCGACUUGCUGACCUGUGACCCCAGAUGUGAAGAACACGGCCAAUGCAAGAACGGAACCUGCAUUUGCAUGACGGGUUGGAACGGUCGCCACUGCACUUUGGCGGGCUGUCCGAAUUCGUGUUCGGGCAACGGCGCAUGCGUGAUCGAGAACGAGGAGUGGGUCUGCAGGUGCCAGGCGCAGUGGGAAGGCCACGACUGCUCAGUGAUGCUCGAAACCAACUGCGCAGAUAACAAAGACAAUGAUCUUGAUGGUUUAGUGGACUGUGCCGAUGCCGAGUGCUGUUCGACCCCGGCGUGCCAGCAAUCGACCCUGUGCCUGACCUCCGUAGAUCCCAUCGACAUCCUACUCAGGAAACAGCCUCCGGCAGUAACUGCGUCGUUCUUCCAGCGAAUGAGAUUCAUCGUGGAGGAAGGCUCCGUCCAGAACUACGCUAAAGGCCCAGCCUUUAACCAAAGCAUGCACAGGAUUUUCAUAAAUGAGAGCCGAGCGUCAGUGGUGAGGGGUCGAGUGAUCAGCGGACGCGGGACUGGCCUGCGAGGAGUGAGGGUGUCGCACUAUCGCUCUGCAGACAUGGGCUUCACCCUGACGAGACCCGGAGGCUGGUUCGAUCUCAUGGUCAACGGCGGUGGGGCCGUCAAGCUCCUCUUCGGGAAGUCGCCGUUCCUUCCCGUCACCGAGACUGUUUGGGUGCCGUGGAAUGAGAUUGUUGUGAUUGAUACCGUCGUCAUGACCACUGUCGAGGUGGUUCCUCCACCUCAACCGACUCCUUGCCCUGACCACAGCUACGAUGCGCUGAAGCCCGUCGUUUUGGCAACGUGGAAACAUGGCUUCCAAGGCGGCUGCCCUGAGUGCUCGGCUAUUCUGACAGAGUCACAAGUAGUUCAAGAGAGUUUAAGCAUCCCGGGAACAGGACUACAUUUGGUUUAUCACUCAUCAAGGGCCUUAGGAUAUGAGUCUACCAUCCAGUUACAGCUGACUCCUUCAGUCAUACCAGAAACCCUGCGUCGAAUCUACCUCAGAAUCACUAUAGAAGGGAUCUUGUUCGAGAAAACGUUCGAGGCUGAUCCAGACAUCAAGUUUACUUAUGCCUGGAAUCGUUUGAAUGUCUACAGACAACGCGUGUAUGGUGCCACAUGGGCGGUGGUGAAGGUUGGCUUUGCAUAUAUCAAUUGCGAUCAGAUUAUUUGGGAUGCGCAAACGACUCAAGUAUCUGGACAUGACAUGAGCAUAUCCGACAUUGGUGGGUGGGACUUAUCCAUUCAUCACAGAUACAACUUCCACGAAGGCAUAUUGCAAAAAGGUGAUGGACGUAACAUGCAUUUGAAGCAAAAACCCAGAGUGCUGAGAACUCUGAUGGGAGAUGGACAUCAAAGAGAAGUGUCCUGCAGGUCCUGUGAUGGGCCAGCAGACAAACAACGUCUGUUGACUCCAGCAGCCCUGGCUUCAGGUCCAGAUGGUUCUCUGUAUGUCGCGGACUUCAAUUUGAUAAGACGUAUUCUGCCAGACAACACAGUCAAAACAGUAGUGAAGCUAAACGAAACUCGAGUUUCUUAUCGUUAUCACCUUGCAGUCAGCCCUGUUUCUGGAGAGGUGUACAUCAGUGAUCAUGAAUCUCACCUUAUUCUCAAAGUUCGUGAUCCUGACGAUUAUUCAAGACCAGAGGAAAAUUACAUGCCCUUCGUAGGCUCUGGUGAACGCUGCUUACCAGGUGAUGAAGUAGGAUGUGGUGACGGAUCGUUGGCACGAGAUGCUAAACUUCAGUAUCCAAAAGGAAUGGCUGUGUCACUGGAUGAAGUCUUAUAUUUUGCUGAUGGCACCAAUGUUCGGGCAGUUGAUUCUGACGGCCUUAUAAACACAGUGAUAGGAACACACCGACACAGGACACACUGGCGACCUCUUCCUUGUGAAGGAACAGUCCCUGUCACAGAUGUCAGCUUGCGAUGGCCUACUGCAGUAGCUGUUAGUCCCCUUGAUGACUCUCUCUAUGUCCUAGAUGAUCAUCAUGUCUUACGUCUGACUAAGGACGGUCAGGUGAAAGUCAUGGCAGGUAGACCUCUACACUGUCCUCCCCUUGGACACGAUGCGCCCUCAGAUCUCGCUGCUCACACCACUCUUCGCUCUCCACAAAGCCUUGCAUUUGCACCAACUGGGGAUCUCUACAUUGCAGAGAGUGACAAUGAGCGCAUAAAUCGUGUUCGCGUUAUUGAAACUGACGAGAGAAUACACGAUUUUGCAGGCGCAGACUCAAAAUGCAAUUGCCAAGAGGAGACUUGUCCUUGCUAUGAUGAAUCACAUGUAUUGGCUGCCACCGCUGUCUUUUCAACCAUUUCAGCUCUCUCUGUAACGCCAGACGGUGUAGUUCACGUUCUAGACCAGGGUAACCUACGUAUACGCUCUGUUACUUCUUCGAUUCCAGAGCAUAAUGAUGAACGGAUGUAUGAAAUUUAUUCGCCCGAAACACAGGAGGUAUACAUUUUCAACAGGUUUGGUCAUCAUGCUCUCACAAGGAGUAUACCUACGGGACGUACCAUUUAUACAUUCGCAUAUAAUGUGAACACCAGCAAUGGUAAAUUAUCCACUGUGACAGAUGCCGGAGGAAACAGAGUGUCUUUCCUUCGUGAUUACACAGGCCAAGUGACUAUGGUCGAAAAUUCACGGCAGCAGAAAUGCCGCCUGCAGAUGUCCCGCACGAGGAGAUUAGAGGAGUUGGUGACACCUGAUGAACACAACGUAACCCUCACUUACCAUGGUGCCACGGGCUUACUCCGCUCGAGGAUGGACUCCACUGGCCGCGCUCACGUCUACACUUACGACAAGUACGGUCGUCUGACUCGAUGUGUCACGCCCUCCGGACAAGUAGUUGAUUUGGCAUUCGAUUUGAGCCAGAAAGGAGCGAGAGUCACUCUCACCCGGGAUGGCACAGCACCUGUCACCAUGCUAAUCAAGGGAGCACUUGUUACAGAAACAGUUGGCACUGCUUCAAGGGUAACUGCCCAGCUACCGGAUGGAUCAGUGAUAUCUCGAACUGCAUGGGGUCAUCACAUAGCCACAGAAACGGUUCCAUACACACUUCUGCAAGACCAUACCCUUGCGCACUCGUAUCCAGUAUCUGGACGUCAAAGGACUGAAAUUGGAGAUGAGCUCGUCAACAGCUUUGACUGGAAGUACUUUGUGGAAACAAGUGAGCGACAUGGCCCAGUGACACAGGUUGGUCGAAAGAUGAGAGUCAAUGGAGAAGACCUGCUUACAUUUAAAUACGACCUGUAUACUGGAACAGAAGCUGUCCUUAAUGAGGCCGGCGCUACUCUUCUGAAUGUAAGCUAUGAUGCCUUGGGAAGGCCACUCCGUUGGUCACCAGCCCAGCCAUUCUUGCCCGUGCAACUAACAUACGAUCGUUUCGGACAGCUAGAACACUGGUCGUGGGGAGAAAUGAGAGAAGAUUAUGCUUACGACAGGAAUGGAAGAUUUGAGGGAGUAACUUUUGCUGAUGGCACGAAAGUUACUUACUCAUUCAAGGAUUUAUCCAGUGUGAAGCCUUAUAAAGUAAGCAUAGCCUCUGGAGCUGAACACCUUCUCGAGUAUGAUGAGGGAGGUGCUAUGUCCAGCGUCACAACGCCACGAGGACACAAAUACUCCUUCCACGUGCAACCUUCGCUUCUGCACAAUCGGUUUACUUUCACCCCUCCUGGAUCACCACGCCAUCCAUACCAGCUAUUCUACAGCGACGAUGGCAGAAUUUUAGCAGAAGUAGCACCUCACCAAGCCAGCAGAGUAGUCUAUCAUUAUGAUCAUACAGGACGGUUGCAUUUACAGAUAUAUGGUGAUGGGUCCAUAGAGUAUGGUUAUCAUCCGGAAACUGGUCUCAUUAGAUCAGUUGUGGUUAGAGAACAAGAGUUUGAACUUCGCACGGACAACAAGUAUCAUGCAGGUCUCGUCAAAGAACAGAGGAUAAGGUUUGGUCCGGGCACUGGCGUCGAUUCGGCGAAGUUAAGGUUCCUUUACGAUGGAAAUGCUCGGCCAAGGAGAAUCGAGAUGGAAAUCAAUGGCAAAGAACAGCCAGACUACGAUAUGAAAUACAACAUGAUAUUAGGAACACUAGACAGCGUAGGUGACCUAAAAGUAACGUCAUCUUAUCACAAUAAGACUGUUGUCCAAGAUGUACGCAAAACAAUGUUACGAGUAACAGGGUUUGACCCCCAUGGCCGCAUUGUUGAGUCAGAGUUGACAUUAAGGGGACGUCUCGUCCGUCGAAGUAAAUAUGGUUAUGAUAAACGAGGCAGAUUAGCAACGAUGUCCACGUGGCGAGGACCAGGGUCAUCCGAGGUUCGAACCAAUUACACUUACACGCCAGACGGAUUCCUUCAGGCUGUGGAUGGAGAGGAAUCUUGGCAGUUUAGAUAUGAUGCAAAUGGCAACAUGAUAUCCGUUGUGGAAGGUGGUAGAGAAAUGACAGCAACAUACGAUGGUGCUGAUCGUCUGGUUGGCUGGGGAGAUGUGGAGCUCAACACCUACUCUCCAGCAGGAACUGUAGUGCGUCAAGGGGAAGUUCACCUUUCGUACAGUGCCCGUGGAAAUGUAAAAUCAGCAUGGCAACAAGGGCAGUAUAAGAUCUGGAGCAGACAUGACCAUAGAGGAAGACUAUCUGUUUGGGAAGAUGAUCACGGGAAUAUAACACAAUUUUUCUAUGCAGACCUUCGUCGUCCUAAUCUUCCAACUCACAUACAUUAUCCCAAACGGGGAGUAACGCAUGCAUUAGAAUAUGAUGAACGUGGACAUUUAAUGUCUCUCCACACUGGAAAACGCCAGCUUUGGGUGUCCACUGAUCAUCUUGGUUCUCCAGUGGCUGUAUUUGAUGACUCUGGAGUGCUGGUCAAAGAAAUUGUCAGGUCACCUUGGGGUGCUACAUUGAGUGAUUCCAGACCAGAUUUACUCCUCCAUGUAGAUUUCCAAGGAGCCCUUCGUGACCCAGUAACUGGAUUUUUGGUAUUUGGUCUUCACAGUUAUGAUCCAGUUCAUGCCCAGUGGAUGGCACCUCGCUAUGAUUUGGUCAUUAGUUCUCCAGACCAUGUAGGUGCCAUUUAUACCCAUCGUUUCCAUGACAAUGACCCCAUCAAUCCAGUUAGUCGCCAGCCAAAACAUUAUACAGACUUGGACAGCUGGCUCAAGCUGUAUGGAGUGGAUAUGACGAAGAUGUUGGGUUCAAGUUACCAUGAUGAGACAGUUGAACAGCCAGUGGGAGCUUUGGCAGCACCCCAGUUAGCACCUGCACUGAAUGUUAUAUCUGGUCUUUCUUGUUCUACAGAAGGAGUUCUAAAACAGUUUGCCCAGCCAACUUUGUUACCUAAGUCUCUCGUCAGAUCAGCUGCACCAGCCUGGGCUAUACCAGGAUGGGCAGCACUAGGUCGCUUCUCUUCAUCACCUCCUGUCCUCGGACCUGGUGUCCUUGUAUCCCGCGUCAAUGGCAGAGCACUGGUCACCCUAGUUCCAUCUCGGGAAAAUCCAGUCGUACAAGACGUGGCCCGAGAUGUUCUGAAUGGUUCUGCCUUACUGGAUAUCACUUUCACCCAUCACCACCAUCACACUCUUUACCUCGUCAAAGAAAAUGCAGACUCGCGCCACGAUGACCUCCAGCAACUCCAGCGUCUGAGUGGCCGUUUCAAUGUCACCUCCAAGGAAGAAGGAGAGCACCAUGAAGUCAAAGUUGUUGACAGUGAUGUAUCAUUAGUUAUUUUGUACGGCAUUGAUCCACCUGCUGCUCGUCAUCGCUUACUUCGUCACGCCCAUCGUCGGGCUGUAGAAAGAGCAUGGGAAAUGGAGCGUCUAUUAGCUGAGCGAGGCUCUCCAACUAAGCAUCAGUGGACAGUUGAGGAGCGAGAAGAACUCGUGAGUGAAGGUUUUGUAACAGGGUACUCUGCAGCCGAUCAUCACUCCAUUCAUCGGUUUCCAUUGUUAGCUGAUGACCCGACUAACGUCGUGUUUAGACGUGACACUGGUCGUCGGCGAAGGCGAAGUAGAAUGGCUUCCCACACGUGAUCCCUGGAGCUGGGCGCGGCCCAUGUACAUACCACCGUAUAGUGUAGCGCUGUGAACCUGUACACACUGUACAAACAGGGUAUUUCUCACACAUUGUACACAUCUCUCCGAGCCGGAGAAUAAUCCUCACAUGUGAUAGAGGCAGACUGUGUGGCACAGAUGGUUAAAUCAGAUAACAUAACUGCAAGGGGGGGGUAUGGCAGAAAUAUGUCAUAGUUGUGCGAAUAAGGCACCAUGACUGUGUGUAUGGAAGUAAGUAUGUGCGAGAAUGAAUGGUGCAGCAGAGUGAAAGCUUCAAGCAGUCUUGCCAUACCUUCCUUAAGGAUUCGUUGCUGGUCAUUGUACAUAGCAUAAACCUAGUGUUAUUUUGUAUUGUCAAAAUAGCUAGGUCCUGCAAUGAUAUAUCAUUUUGCUGCUUAACAUUCCACCGUGAAUUAAAAGUACUGUGUACUAUACUCAUAUGGACAGACAAGUAUGAAAUGUGGGAGUGAUGCAGAGAGAGAUGGCAAGACAUAUAUUUUGUACAUUUUUGUUACAAUCAUGUCCAUUAUUUAGAUACUUAAUGCCUAUUUCUAUUGGACUUUGUCCUAAGUACCAGUAUGAUGUCUAUUUGAGGUCAAGGCUUUCGCUGAAAAAAGUGGCUGUAAGAUUUCUCAGUACAUUAAAAAAAAUUCAGCAAGUGGAAAAGAAUAUAUAGCUGUAAAACAAAGUGAUAAGAUUUUUUUUGCAAUUUAAGGAGUGAAAACUUUAGAAAGGGGAAAGCAAAGCCUUGUCUUCUGUCUUCUUAAAAAAUGACUACUUUUGUGACCUGCUCAGAAACAAUGAGACAAUUCUUCAGUAAAUCUCACUUUCACGUCAACAUUACUGGAGCAGAAAGUGAGUUUUAGUGAUUAACUCAGAAUUACUGGCCAAGUCACCACAAGACAUCAAGCCUAAACUUGCAAUAACUAAGCAAACAUUGCGACUCAGAUGCUUUGUUUUGAAAGCUAUCUGGGCCAUUUACAAGACGUGUAGCUGGCAAUAUUAGAGAUUGGUUGUUGUUUCCCAUUUGUUAAGCUGGUUUAUGUUGACUGGGAAAAUUGUAUAUUUCGUCAUGGAUACCCAUCCUUAAGACUGCAAAAUGUUUAUUACAGGUAAAACAGUAUGCAAGAAAACAUUUGUUUGGUGUAAACGUUUGAUUAGUGGUUUGUUACUUAGUUGAUUUUUUUACAUGGUUUUGUUCCCAUGAAUAUUGUAAAAUAAGUAAAACCUUAUUACGAAAUGUGUUGUGUGGAAAAAUGUACUGCAUUUCCAGUUAUGAAAUCCAGCUGUAGUUACAGUCACAAUAUUGGUGCUUUAUUUCCUAGAGGUGAGAUCCACUCCUGGUAUCUUGUGAUAAAGAGUAGGAUUAUUUGAUUUAUUAUGUUGGUGCUUUUUAUUUAUUUUUCUCUCCUCUGUGAGGGCAGAGGCUGUAGGUUUUUUUUCAUUAUUAUUAUUAUGAUUAUUAUUUGCACUUAGCACAGCUUGGCGCAACCAACAUAUCAAGACACUGUAGAAUAGAUGUAUGUUUAUGUGCCAUAGAGUUCACAUUGGUUGCUUGUGCCAAGAAAGUAGAUGUGAGGUAUGUUUUGUACAGGCAAGUCAGAAAUGAGUGUUAGAUUAGCCAAAGAUGUGAAUGAUGUUAAAAUUACUAUAUUCUUGUGCCCUCCCAUUUACCUGCGAUAUCUUAAAAAAAAUGUUAUGCAUAGCCAGCCGAUAUCUUACAACGUUGUGCAUAGCCAGGUUUCUAUAUUUCUUUCCAUAUGGUCAUGUGGUAGGAUAUUAAAAGGGUGACAUCCCACACUUCUCUUGUUAAUCUAUUUUCAAUUUGAAUCAUUGUUCAUGUAUAGAUUUUAUUUCACUACUGUACUGUACUAUAUUUCCCUUCUAAUUCCAAUACUAAUUCACUCUCUAUACUUAAAAGAUACUGUAAAUGUAUUUUAUCUGUAAAAGAAGUCUUUUUAUAUUAAAAUCAUCAGUCAUAUUAUAGGUCAGUGAAAAUCACUGGCAAUUGUAUUUCAUAUUCAUCAUUAAACUUAAGAGACCAAAGUCCACACAAGUGGCACUAUUUUCUUGUACAAGAAAACUUUGUCAUUAAUCUUCUAGCAAGGAAUUGUGGUUUGAAGAACAUUCAUUGUACAUGCAUCAUGACUUGAUGUUGUAUCAAAAACGAGUUCACAUUUCUCACGUGCAUGUACUGUACUUGCAUCAACCAAUUCAGAUUUUCACUUACUAACUGUAAUAACUGAUUCAAUUACCUCAGUCACAUUUCUUCUCUAGACUUUUCCAGACUCAGUCGUCCAGAACUUAGACAUAUUUAGAUAUUCUAGUGAGUAACUGCAAAUGCAAUGUUUAUUUUAUGAAAGGAGAGGUAGUUAGCUGCACACAGGCUCUAGUGAAAGAGAUUAUUAUGUUUUAUAUAGUAUUGUAAUUAUAUAUAAAAUACAUUUAGUCCCCAGUUUUUAUUGAGCCAUUGUGUUAUUUUCCCAAUAACCCUAAAGUUAUAUAUUUUGUGGGAUUUUUUAACUGUAGCAUUUUACAAACAGUAGAAAGUACUGUGAAAAUAUUGGGCAUUAUAAAUAUUCACAUACAGCAUGCAUAUAGAUCAGCAACUAAAAACAAUUGUAUGUAUUUUUGUCUUUCCCACACAAUCUUCAAAUUUGUAGUUUAAUAAGUGUUAAGCGACGCUGUUUGUACCGUACGAAGCCGCGUGGCCGGCUCCCGCAAUUAAUGUUACUGUAACAAAAGAGAUUAUGUGCACGGGGACAACCGGUCUCUGCUAAAUAAAACAUGAAAUAAG